AUGAGCUUGUCUCGGUCUCUUCCUGCUGUGCAUGUUUUGGCAGUGAUCGCCAUCAACCGCAGGAUGGGAAGUUUACCCAAGCCUGGCAAAGAAGGAGUAAAGUUCAGCUUCCUCAUUGUGUGCCUUUGCCUCUUGUUUCAUCAAGUUGUGUCAUGCAUCCGUUGGUGCUGGCGCCUAUUUAGUUUACGCAGGCUUUGCUCGGCCGUCCGACCUUGGCCCAGCAUCCAUCAGCAAUUAGCUGUUGUGGUGGUUGUUCUUCCUGUUGUUUCAGCUUUUGCUCUUGAGAGCAGCCAUCGUGGUCCUUGCGCCAUGGCGCUGAAGCGGAUUCAGAAGGAGCUGCAAGACCUAGGAAACGACCCGCCGGCGAACUGCUCGGCAGGGCCAGUUGGAGAUGACCAAUUCAACUGGCAAGCGACGAUCAUGGGGCCCCCAGACUGUCCGUACUCCGGCGGCGUGUUCUUUCUGAACAUCAACUUCCCGUCCGACUACCCUUUCAAGCCGCCGAAGGUGCACUUCACCACGAAGAUCUACCAUUGUAACGUAAAUUCGAACGGGGCGAUCUGCCUCGACAUCCUGAAGGAUCAGUGGAGCCCAGCGCUGACCAUUUCGAAGGUCUUGCUGUCCAUCUCGUCUUUGCUGACGGACCCGAACCCCAACGACCCGCUAGUGCCGGAGAUCGCGCAGGCCUACCUGAAGGACCGGGCCAAGCACGACCAAACGGCGCGCGAGUGGGUGCAGAAGUACGCAAUGUGA